AUGGGAACGACAAAAGCCAAAGCCCCUGCGAAGGCAGCCGUGGCGUCUCCAAGCAUAUCACGCAAUUUGCCCAAAAAGACAUUCGUCCUCGACAAUGGCGCGUACAAUAUGAAAGCAGGCUAUGCGCCUGAUCUCUCCUCCGAAGACAUCCUAUCCGCAUGCACCUCAAUCCCGAAUGCAAUAGUCAAGACCCGCGACAAUCGGAUUGUGAUUGGCGCGCAGCUCGCAACACACGUCACGGACUGGAACGAGGCAGCGUUUCGACGACCAGUAGAGAAAGGAUAUAUCGUUAACUGGGAAGCGGAGAGAGAAAUAUGGGAGCAGUCCUUUUUCGAGGAAAAGGCAACGGCCCGGAAUAAGGCACUGCGGAUUGGGGCGCCAGAGGAAACUACACUUGUCCUGACUGAGGGGCCGAAUACGCUGCCGGUGUUGCAGCGGAAUACGGAUGAGAUGGUUAUGGAGGAAUGGGGAUUCGGAGGGUAUGCGAGGUGUAUAGGGCCAACGCUCAACGCUUGGAACGAAAUCCACAGUCUAUUCGGAGACACUCUCACUGGGAAAUCCGAGUCUGAGAUUCUGCCCGCCGACUGCCUCCUUGUUGUUGAUUCAGGGUACUCGCAUACCACGGUGACACCGGUCUAUAAGGGACAAGCUCUCCAGCGCGGAGUGCGCCGUCUUGACAUCGGUGGGAAACACCUCACCAACUAUCUCAAAGAAAUCGUCUCGAUGCGACAAUAUAACAUGGUGGACGAGACCUAUAUUAUGAACGAAGUCAAAGAAGCUGUGUGCUUCAUUAGCAACGACUUCAAAGGUGACAUGGAACGUACCUGGAAAGGCAACCGAAAGCUUCAAACCGAAGAAGGCGUGGUGGUGGAUUUUGUGCUUCCUAAUCCGAAUGCCGGCAAGAAGGGCUUUAUGCGGCCCCAUGAUCCGCUUUUGCAUGCAAAGAAAAAGAAGGGUGCGGCAUCUGGGUUAAGUGCUGAAGUGCUCUCGGAAGAUGUACUAGUUCUGGGCAAUGAACGCUUUGCUGUUCCGGAACUUUUGUUUACUCCGGGCGAUAUAGGCAUGAAGCAGGCUGGUAUUCCAGAUAUGAUUAUGGAAAGCUUGUCUGUCUUACCGGCUGGAUUACAUGUUGCCUUUUUAGCAAAUGUGCUGGUUGUUGGUGGCAAUGCUGCUAUCCCGGGCUUUAUGGAGCGACUUGAGACCGAAUUACACCAAGUUGCCUCAUCGGACUGUGUUGUAAGGGUGCGUCGGGCUACUGAUCCUGUUCGCUCGACUUGGCUAGGCGGAGUGCGCCUUGCCAAUAACCGAGAGGAGCUCGGUCGAGUUGCCAUUACUCGCCAGGAUUAUCAGGAGCAUGGAUCUGGAUGGGCGGGACGACGUUUCGCUGGCACUAUCUAA